ACAUGACCCGGUUCGGCAUGGAGGAGACAACCGGCUCGCAGGCACGGUCUGCAAACGGUCCAUUAUCCCAACUAGCACUGCGUACGGAAAAAAUAAAGAGAGAAGCAUUGCUCUUGAUGUACCAGAUGGUGGACUCUACGGCAGGACUGAAAAGGAAACAUUCGAUUCGCACUAGACAAAUAGAAUUCCUGGAGACGCUGAGUCCGAUGGAGCUAGCCACCCUUGGCUGUUUUGUGAAGGCCCUGGGACUUGGAUACUCCGAGCAUAUGAAGCUUCAGCCUAAGCCAAUGAUCGAGGGCCACAUCCGAGAGCGUAUGUGCGUUUUUGAGGACAAAGUUCUCCGAUACGGACCCUUCUUCGCUUGGGCUACCGUCGCUGGAACGCAGAGGUCGCGCCGCUGGGCUCGUAUUGCUAUGCUGGAAGGGUUGAACGAUAUGGAGGCUUUUGAAAGAGGUCAAUCAAUGGCCUACGCUAGUCUGCAAAGCGUUGUAUGGAAUGUGUUUUGCAAGAAAGCCGAGUGCGACCUGGCAGACAGUUGGAAUAUAAUCCAAGACAUAGUUGAGGAACAACUGGUUUCCCACAAGGCAUAGAUUCGUUUUGAUGGUUAGUAUAGCGACGGCAUUGACGCAUAUGGGAGAUGAACCGGAUGGGCGGGUAGAAUGAAUGAUUCAUGAUGAAUAUCACAAUUCUUUGAAUGAUUGACAUA